AUGAGCUGUGGGUCAAACUCAACUACUCAAGCUUGGGGUGAAAGACUGGUCUAUCCCCCAGAGAGCCUCCAGACAUAUGGUGUCCUGAAUGGUAAAAAGAUUCAGCCAUUUGAGCUCUAUGUCGCCUCCAUGCCUAGUGACCAAGCCUCAAAGUCUCUUCCACCUCCAGAGCACGAUAAGAUCAUCAAUGAAGCAAGGGCAAAUCUUGGACAUGGAGGCACGCCAAUCAAAUCUAUGAACUCUGCCCUUGAUCAGUUCUAUGCAAAGUGCUAUCAAAUUACCUCAAGUCUGAUUGACAAUUGGCUGGAGGAGCUGCCAGAAACAAGAUCAGCUUGGCCAAAAGCAACAUCAGAAGCUCAACAAGUUGUUGUUCAAUACAUACCAUUGAAAGUGGUAACAAAAUUGACCCAUGCAAGGACAUUUGGGAUCAUGAGGUUGUGCUAG